AUGUUGGCCCUGUUUGGCUAUACCGCUUACACCUCAGGAUACGGAAUCCGAGACCGGACCAUCGGGGAGGUACUCUACAUUCCCGACGGUGACGAUCUCCUCCUUCUCGGUAAACGCGAGAUAGUCGGGUCGUCCCAGGCGGCAGCUGCAGCUCAGUCGGCAGCGACAGGCGCCGAGCCACCAAAAUCCGCAAAGACGACAACGCAGAGGCAAGAAGGAGCCCAUCUGGCUAAUGUCGAUACGGAUGACUGGGAGGACGAGACCGACGAAGAGGAGGCUCACGGUGACGAUUACGACAUGGACGAUGACCAUGAGGAUGACGACGUAUCGGAAGGCAUCCAGCUACUCCUCUAUACACAGGCUGGCGGCGUGGGUGUCGAGCACCAGGGCAAGGGAACCGAGCUGCUAGGCAAACCCCACCUCAAGCAGACCGGUGCCCUUGGAGCACCGAUCCAUGCUGUUGGUGAGAUCACUUUCCCAAUCGAGGCGCGCGAGUUUGAGCGCCCUGGGCCCGAAAGCGAGCACGAUGACCUUUUCAGCACCGACAGGUUCUCGGGAUAUGAAGUGCCGUACCUCGAUACCGGCCUCGACUUCGCCAUGGACGACAGCGACGGGCGGCUUCUGUGCGUCUCUGCCCAAAACAUUGACGAGUUCAUGGCGUACGCUGGCACGAUUCGCUACGACGAGUUGCGCCAGCGCAUGGCGGCCGCCACCGCGCCACUUUCGAUAAAGGACUGGGCGGACUUCGUGCACUGGGACGAGUGGUUGUGGUCAGAGGUGUACAUCGCCACCAGUGGGCUGAGGGUGGCGACGACGCAGGCGUUUGAAGCCAGGCGUCGGUCGGACGUGCGCGCCCAGGACCGCAUCACGUUGCGCGUCGACGAUGUGCGCGGCGCGGCGUCGCUCGCCGUGGGCGUACACCCGUCUCCCCUCGGCUCGCGAUUCGCCCCGCCUCCCGAGUCUCGUCAAGCGCUUACGACGUCGCCCCAAUCCACCGCGCUCGACUCGGGCAGCGAAGCGCGCCUCGCCCUCUCUUCAGGCUGGGACGUGACCCGCCCCGCCGGUGAGACCUACGACAUGACGCUCCUCUGCGACCCCAGCAAGCCCGAGUUCCGGGAGGCUGAAAUCUCCGUGUCGGGCGAGUUUGGUGACCGGUACUUGUUUGGCGAGUUUAAGGCGACACACCUCGCACGCAAGAGCACGUCGGCCGAGGUUGUCUUCUCGAAACAUCUCGGCGAGGUGGCGGGUAUAUCGAUCGAUGCCGACCACAUGUACUUGGAUAUGCGGCAGAGGGUGGUCGUAUUGAGCUUUUAG